AUGUGCCAAUGGUAUUCUCUCUUUAAUGGCUGCACCAUGAUAUUUGACUGGCUUGAUGACGCAGCUGAAGAGACUAAGAUGUUUCUAUCAAUACUCAUGUAUGAACAAGUGCCAUUCGAGUUGCCUAGAAAGUUAUGGAUCGUUCACCAUACCGCACUACUCCCCUACACCGUCCGUAUCCAUCCCUUCACCUCCCUAACACCGCACUCGUGCGCGUAUGAGUAUGGCGGAAGAGAGUCACCCAAUGCGCUGGUAUAUAUUGGCGGUCUCACCAGCGGACCGCAAACAUCAAGUCUGGUUCUCAAGAUAGACAGUGCCAUGGAAAACAUGACAGAAACAGAUACCCUCUCGUAUUCCGUAUUCGAGUUCCGGAUGCGGAGCAGUUACACAGGAUUCGGAUAUUCAAGUCUGAAGAACGAUGUUGAGGAUCUUGCGGCGCUGGUGAGGUAUCUGAAGGGAGAGAGCGUGGGGAAGGAGAAGGUGGUGUUGAUGGGGAGUUCGACUGGCUGCCAGGCUAUCAUGACGUACGCAACUACGCUUCCAGCAUCGCCUCCAGUCAACGGAUAUAUUUUGCAAGCGCCUACUUCGGAUCGCGAGACUGCGAGUUUACUCAUGCCUCCGAAGUUCCUGCAUACUAGUCUUCAGCACGCUGAAGAUCUUAUUGCAGAGGGUAAGGAGAUGCAGAUUAUGCCGUCAGAUCUUAUUCCUCCGAUUUUCUCGUCGCCGAUUAGUGCGUAUCGCUGGCACUCACUUGUCUCUGUUGGGGGAGAUGACGAUUUCUUUUCUUCUGAUUUACCUGCUUCCACGCAUGAAUCAUCGUUUGGUAGACUCGGUAAGCCGACAUUGAUUAUCGUGUCUGGGAAAGACGAGAUAGUGCCGCCAAACGUGGAUAAAGAGGCGCUGUUGAAGAAAUGGGUGGAUGCGAUGCCAAUGGGUUUGGCGAGUGACCAGAGUGGUGUGCUGCCAGAUGCUGAUCAUGAGUUGACUACUGAUGGUCGCACUAGGUCUUUCAUGGACAAGGCUUGUAGGUUUCUCAAGGACCUGGAGAAGAUAGGGUAAAAGCAAACCGCAGAUAAUGUGAG